ACAGGUGUUUUGAAAGAUUUCUUCAGAGAGUUACCUGAGCCGUUAUGUUCGAACUCUUUGUAUGAGAUGCUGCUUGAUGCUCUGAGCGUUCAGAUGCCUGGAGACAUUGAAGGAAACACGCAACUUAUGCUUGGUAUUCUGGAGUGUUUGCCGCGAGUUAAUCAGGACACACUGGCAUUUAUGUUGAAUCAUUUGAAAAAAGUGUCGAACAGAAGUGACAUUAACAAAAUGACAACACAUCAACUAGGUUUGUGCUUAGGGCCUGCGCUUGUUUGUCCUGCAGUUUCUCCUGACGACAUC